AUGGCGAUAGCUGUGGAGUCGGCUGGAUACAAUAUGGCGGUCUUUGUUACCAGAUUGUUUCUGGGUCUGCUUCGUGGUCAAAUGCACGUCUGGAUUGUCACAGCAAAGGAGGAGAUUUGGUCGUCAUACCCGAUCAAGAAACAGCCGAACUGGGCUCCAGGUCGGCCAGCCCCUCCGUCUAUCUGGGUUGUAGAUUGCGUAGCUCUUAAUUCCGGAUCUAGUCUUUGGUACGAUUACGGAUGCGGGUCUAGAAAUUCCUACAUAUGUCAACGUGAAAUCGGUGUUUUACCAAAGUGUGAUGUCGGCAACGGCUGGCGAAGCCACAACAACAAAUGCUACAAGAGGUUGAGAUAUCGGAGAAAUUGGCAGGAUGCAGAAAGUCUAUGUGCUUCAUAUCCAGGAGGUCACCUGGCCUCAGCCACUAGCCAGGAUGAUGUGGCAUUUAUCACCAACAUUCAGGCUACGCAUGCUACAGACGUAUGGAUCGGGCUCACUGAUGUGAAUCGCACUGUCGGGAACUACACGUGGUCUGAUGGGUCUACCUACACUUCAAGCUACACCAACUGGGAUGACAAUGAACCGAACAACGCCUACUUCAAUUCUGGUGGCGAUUGUGGAUCAGUUAUGGGCGACGGCCUAUGGCGCAUCCAGAGAUGUCGAUGGGACUGGAAGUAUCCAUUAUGUGCAGUAUCUGAAGGUACCUGUGCACCGGGGUGGCAUGCUGUGAAUAGUCACUGUUACCAAGUCAACUCUAACGUACGCAAGACCUGGACGGACGCCAAGCAUUACUGCGAGGCCCAGGAUGGAUAUCUGGUGACAAUUCAGGAAUCCUUUGAAACAGACCUCAUUCAAAGCUUCCUCCCAGAUCUGAUCGACUCGGGCAUCUCAACGCUCUUCAUCGGCAUUUCAGAUCAAGAAACAGACGGGGCAUUUGAAUGGGUCAAUGACGGACCCACAACCUACCAAAACUGGGCUCCCUCACAACCAGUCAACACAAACCAUACCGACUGUGGAUAUAUCUAUACAGGAAAUUUGGCUGCACAGUGGCUGGCUGGUGACUGUUUUGAGCUUGGGGCUUACAUCUGUGAGAUACACGCAGGAGUUUCUGUAAAACCUGUGCCGCCAGAAAUGGAAACGGGCAAAUGUGAGCCUGGUUGGGCACUCCAUGGUAACUUCUGUUACGAGUUCAGCUCUGAAGCUAAGACUUGGGAUGAUGCGAACAUUGCCUGUCUCAACAAUGCAAGCCAGCUGGCCAGUAUACACAGUGACAGGGAACAGUCAUUCUUUUCAACACCAUGA